AUGUUCUCUUUUGGUAGGAGUGGAGGCUGGAGAGACUGCUUGCAAACUUGCUCGUAGAUGGGGAUAUACCGUGAAGGGGAUCCCGAAAUACAAAGCAAAGAUUGUUUUUGCAGCUGGAAACUUUUGGGGUAGAACAUUGUCUGCUAUCUCCAGUUCCACAGACCCAACCAGUUACGAUGGUUUUGGACCAUUUAUGCCAGGUUUCGAAAUCAUUCCAUAUAAUGAUCUGCCUGCUCUUGAGCGUGCACUUCAGGACCCAAAUGUUGCCGCGUUCAUGGUGGAACCAAUUCAGGGUGAAGCAGGCGUUGUUGUUCCAGAUCCAGGCUACCUUGUGGGCGUGCGAGAUCUCUGCACCCAGCACCAGGUUCUGUUUAUUGCUGAUGAAAUACAGACAGGAUUGGCCAGAACUGGUAGAUGGCUGGCUAUUGAUCACGAAAAUGUCAGACCUGAUAUGGUCCUCCUAGGAAAGGCACUUUCUGGUGGUUUAUACCCUGUAUCUGCAGUGUUGUGUGACGAUGAGAUAAUGCUGACCAUUAAACCAGGGGAACAUGGUUCAACGUAUGGUGGCAACCCACUAGGCUGCCGAGUGGCCAUCGCGGCCCUGGAGGUUUUGGAAGAAGAAAAGCUUGCUGAAAAUGCAGAGAAAAUGGGUAUCAUCUUGAGAAAUGAACUCAUGAAGCUACCUUCUGAUAUUGUAAAGGCUGUAAGAGGAAAAGGAUUAUUAAAUGCUAUUGUUAUUAGAGAAACCAAAGAUUAUGAUGCUUGGAAGGUGUGCCUGCGACUUCGAGAUAAUGGACUUCUGGCCAAGCCAACCCACGGUGAUAUCAUCAGGUUUGCACCUCCGCUUGUGAUCAAGGAGGAUGAGAUUCUGGAGGCCGUGGAAAUCAUUAACAAGACCAUCUUGUCUUUCUGAGGGUGACAGUUUUCAGUGGUGCCUGGGAGCCAGCUGGAGACAGGCAGUUCAUAAACCUCUGAGUUUCUGCACUUAAUGCAGGCAUAUUCCACUCCGCCAUGUCAAGGGCUUUUUAAAAAAUAUAUGUUUUUCAGUUCAUACGUAAUAGAAUGACAUUUAUAAACGUGCAGUUUGCUGUGUAACAUAACUAAGAGAAUGUCCUGGCAUCUUAUUUUCGAUUAAGUGUGUGUGUGUGUGUGUGUGUGUGUGUGUUUGUUUGUUUGUUUGUGUGCACUUUCUAAGGUGAGAUACAUCUCUCUAUAUAGACAGCCUUUUAAUCAAGCCCCUCAGCAUAAUUUAUAUAUGUUUUAAUAAUUUCCUUGCUGGUAUAAAUUGUAUUUGAAAAAGUUAUAGGAGAGUAUUGCAUAGAAGAUUAGCUUAACCUCAUAAAGUUGAGUCAUAGUCAUUGAAUUUUAGGAAGGAUUAAUGGUUAAGCUUAUAUAAAAUACUAGAUUUAAGUAAACUCCAUAUUGGCCAGCACCAAGAUGUAUUCUAUGAAUGUCAUUACUUUGAAUUAAGAAUUAUUGUUUAACAUUCCUAGAUUAUGUUUUAUGUUUUAAGUGUUUGAUAUAAUUUGUAAAAAGUGUUUAUUUUCAAUGUUUCUUUAAAUUUAAAAUAAAGCUCAUAUUUAAAAUGUCUACUUUGGGACCAGUGUGUGAUUACUGCAGUGUUAUCAAUUACCUCACAUUUUAAACCCCUCUGAGAAUGUUCUUACCUGAUUUAUUUCAUGUGUUUUCUAAGAACAUUUUGGUUUCUUUGGCAAUCUCUAGAAAAACAAAUUGUAAAAAGUCUCUUUUAGUACUACCUUUUCCGCUUUCAAAAUAACUGCUUUUUCCCCAUGUGUAUACUAGUAUUUACCAUUUUUAUUAAAGUAUCCUUGUUAUGCAUGGUAUUGUUUCUGUUUCUUUGUUUGGUUUUACCUGAACAGAGUAUUUUGGAUGCUUUUCUAUGUCAGUAGUCACAAGUUUAUGUCAUUCUCUUUUAGAUGAAAAAAUUAAUCAGUCUAUCUAAGAAAGAAACGGAAAAUUUUAUUCGAGCCAAAUUGAGGAUUAUAACGCCAGAACAGCUCAGAAAGCUCUGAGAACUGUUUCGCCGCCUGUUAGAAGUCAAAACAGGGACUUCCCUGGUGGCACAGUGGUUAAGAAUCCGCCUGCCAAUGCAGGGGACACGGGUUUGAGCCCUGGUCCGGGAAGAUCCCACAUGCCGCGGAGCAACUAAGCCCGUGCUCCACAGCUACUGAGCCUGCGCUCAAGAGCCCGCGAGCCACAGCUACUGAGCCCACGUGCCACAACUACUGAAGCCUGAGCGCCUAGACCCCGUGCUCUGCAACAAGAGAAGCCACUGCAGUGAGAAGCCCACACACCGCAACGAAGAGUAGCCUCCGCUCACUGCAACUAGAGAAAGCCGGCGUGCAGCAAUGAAGACC